GCCGCUGCGUGUGAGGGGGCGGCCCGGCCCGGAAGCAGCCGUUAGCAGCCGGCGGCCGGCGCUGCUGCGGGCGGCCAUGGCCGGGCAGUUGGCGGUGCUGGGUUCGGCUAUUCUGGCUCUCUGGUUAGCUGGCUAUCUAGCACAGCAAUAUUUACCAAUGCCUACACCAAAAGUAAUUGGCAUUGACCUUGGCACAACUUACUGCUCUGUUGGUGUCUUUCUUCCUGGAACAGGGCAGGUGAAGGUUAUUGCAGAUGAAAAUGGGCACAACAGCAUACCAAGUAUAGUCUCAUUCACAGACAGAGGUGUGUAUGUAGGAUAUGAUGGCCUAGAACUGGCUGAUUCAAAUCCUCAGAACACCAUAUAUGAUGCAAAACGAUUCAUUGGCAAAAUCUUUACUUCAGAAGAACUAGAAAGUGAAAGUAGCAGGUAUCCCUUUAAGAUUUUCAACAACAAUGGAUCAGCUGAAUUUUCUGUGAUGACUAAUAAAACAUUUCGUAUCACUCCAGAGCACAUUGGCUCUCAGCUGCUACUGAAAUUGAAAGGAAUGGCAGAAGACUCUCUUGGCAUCCCCGUUUCAAAGGCGGUCAUCUCUGUGCCAGCAGAGUUUGAUGAAAGGCAACGGGAAUCUACCAUUAAGGCAGCUAACCUCGCAGGGCUGCAGAUUUUGCGAGUAAUCAAUGAACCCACAGCUGCAGCUAUGGCUUAUGGGCUCCACAAAGCUGAUGUGUUUAAUGUGCUGGUGGUGGAUUUGGGUGGAGGAACUUUGGAUGUGUCUCUGUUGAACAAGCAGGGAGGGAUGUUCCUCACACGAGCUAUGGCAGGUAACAACAAACUUGGAGGACAGGAUUUUAAUCAGAGGUUGAUGCUGUAUUUGUAUGAUCAGCUCCGUCAAACAUACGGUUCUCUGCCAACAAGAAAAGAAGAAAUACAUCGCCUCAGACAGGCUGUGGAAGCAGUUAAAUUAAAUCUGACUGUUUAUGAGGCAGCUACACUAAGGUUGUUGUUGACUAUGCCAGAAAGGAAACUUACCAAAGAACUUCCAGAAAGUGAGGUAAAACCAGACACUAUGCUAAAAGGCAAGCCUUCACAAAAAACACAAGAUCUGAAAAACUUUGGAGACACUUCAAAAGUAGAGAACAACUUUGUCAAAGUUGUGUUUGAAAUGGAAAUCUCUAGGAAGCUAUUUGAGAUGUUAAAUGAGGAUCUUUUUCAGAAGAUUCUUGUGCCCAUUGAACAAGUUUUGAAGGAAGGCCACCUGCACAAAGCAGAAGUGGAUGAAAUCGUGUUAGUUGGAGGUUCUACCCGGAUUCCUCAAAUACGCAAAGUUAUUCAGGAUUUCUUUGGAAAGGAACCUAACACCUCUGUAGAUCCUGAUCUAGCAGUUGUAACGGGCGUGGCCAUCCAAGCAGGAAUUGUCGGUGGGUCCUGGCCUCUUCAAGUCAGUGCUAUAGAAAUUCCUAAUAAGCAUUUACGGAAGACUAAUUUUAACUGAAAAGAAACUCUUCCCCAAUGCAUUCCAUCUCUCCACACGUGUACUCUGAUGGUGUAUACCUGUCUGACUGGCAGUGGAGCCUAAUUAUAGCUGUAUUAUACUUCUCUUUAAAUCUAUUCCAGUUUGGUGUCGCUGUAUGCAUAACUGUUAAAGUUAGAUGUUAUUUUAAAGGUACAAGUAAUUUUUGAAGUUCUGAAGUGUCCUGUAUUUGCUUGUAGAUUGGACUGUGGAUGAAAAUGCUAGUGAUGACGCACCCAUGUUUUCUUGCUAAAUUUUGUUAGCAAAUCCUGAAGAGGUGUAUGUUUAAAAUACAAAGGGCAUGUCACCAAAGGUUAGGGAUAAUGUGGUGUGGUACUGUAGAUGUUGCCAGGUCCAAUGUGUUUACUUGGAAAGAAUGUGAAACAGUGUUAACGCACAUAGCACUAGCAGUGUUCAGUUUAAAUGUAUUUAUUACGUUGAGUCAUUUGAGCAUUUAAACACCUUUCUAAAAGGCAUGAUGCAGCUUGAAUGAGAUUUAACACAUUCACUUGAUUCUUCUGCUGUUCAUAACAGCAUAAUGGUAUUACUGAGGCUAUAUGGCAAAUUGUCUCAUGUUUCAGCCGAACUAUAUUAAAACUUGUCCCUUGCUAAUGUAGAGUUACUCAGUGUGUCUCCAAGGGCUUAUUACUUCCUGAUCUGGUUUUGAUGGUUAACAUAAGGUGUUGCUGUCAUACCACUGAUGUUCUCCACAGAGAACAAGGGCAUAUUGCCAGUUAUUUAUACCUCCCCUGCCUUAUUUGAAAACUGCAGUAAUUUUACGUGUCUUAAAGCCACACCUGUAUAUCUUUCCUUGAAUUUGACCAACAUGAAUUUCAUUCUGUAUCUGCAAGCAUGUGAUGUCUUACCCCUGGAGUACCCAAAACCAUGCUGUUCUCAGGGAGGAAGUGUGGGACAGAAGGGACCACCUGGAUGAAGUCUAGUUCCUGUAGUCCUAGUACAUGAAAAUUCACCCAACUACUUCGUACUUCUUAGCUUGUGUCUCUGGUUUAAGUUUUGUCAUACCCUCACUCUAAACUGAAUGUGGAUCAGAGACUGUAGCUGUUCUUUUGGGCAGGCAGCAGCGUGUGUAACUCGGGAUUUGAGGUGGAACUUCUUAGGACUUCAUUUUAGGCAAAUAGUUUGCUACACAGCUAUCUGGCAAAUGCAUGAGGAGGCAAAAAUUAAUGACCUGAAGGAAAAAAAAAAUACUGGUGACGUUCUGCUCUCUUUGGAAUGUGAAAUCAGUAUCUAAAGGUGGGUUGAAUUCUUUUCAUUGGAGAAACUUCUACACAGAUAAAACACUUUAUUCAGCUAAGACUGGCUUCAUCAUCUAUCAACCCAGUCUUAGUCGGGUAAGCUCUAGUGACAGGUGGUUCUAUGCAUUUUCUUGUAUUCUCCGGAAUAAUUUUGUUUGCAUUAAGCUUGCCAUGAUAAAGCAUGGGGCUUAAAUUUAUUACUUAAUCUAUGACUCUAUUAAAGUAGGCUUAUUAUUCUCCUGGCGGUAGGCCUGACUUACGGUACUGCCAAAGAUCAAUUGUGCUGAUUCAGCUGUUUGUAUAGCUAUUGUCUAAAGGUAUCUUUGAAGUAAUCCAAUUAUAAACAUCUUGAAUUGGAUCAUAGUUCCAUACAACCAUUCUGUCAGCAUCGUUUAACUUCGAUUCCCAAAAUACUACCAACUAAUUUCCUCUAUUAAACCAAAGGGACUUUUUUUUUUGAGGAUUUUUUUUUUUUUCUCUUUGUAACCUCUUUGAAAGUGACCCUGUCUAAGUCUGUGUGGAACUCCAGGAACUACAUCUGCAUUGAAACAAGUGCCUCUUCAGUGAAAUCAUGGCUUAAUAUGCCAAGAUAUGGUACGGUUCUCGUACGCAGUUGCUGUUUGGGGCAGAUGUAAACAUGUAUUCAACGUAUAUUCCAGUGUCUUUGGAGUCAUUGUGGCCUUUCCUUCUGCCCUGCUGUAAAUUUCAUCUCAAAGUCUACUGGAGUUACAGUAGAUCUUUAGUCUUCAUUUUUUUAAUGCACUGUGUAAAAUGAGAAGACCUGUAUAAAAACAGAACCAUAUCACAGUGAAGUUUAAACUACUGGAGGCUUUUUGCAGUUUUGGGACUGCGGGUAGGAGUGUGGGGAGUAACUUGAAACUUAAAACUCUCAGUGCAAAUAAAUGAAGUACUUUUUUUCUUUCAUAUACUCCUUCACUUGGAGGAGUUAAAUCUCCUUCAGUGUUAAUCUGUCAAUUGUAAGGGAAGGGCGAGUUGUUUAUCUUAAAUAUUUCGCGAAAAGGUUAUUUAUUCAGAUUUCUAUGCAGAUUAUUUUUUUAGUAGAAAAAUGGCUGCACAUUGGGUAUUUCACAAUGCAUCUGUAUUUAUUAAGUAACUUUUCUGAAUUCUGCCAUAAAGUUAUUUAUUUUGUAUCUUUUAAUUUUAAUACUGUAUUUUGGCACAAACUGUUGGAUUUUAAGAUGAGUCCACUGUACUAAGUGGGUAUUCCUGCUGUGCACAUGUACUGCUUACCAGAAGUCUCUCUUUAAAUUGAUAUUUGAAGGCUGAAAUCUUCCUGCAGUCCUUGAAAUCUGAGUGUGGUUGCCUGUGGUGGUGGGUGUGUAACAAAUUUAUUUAGCUAAAGCUUGUUUCACGAGUUAAAAUUCUGAAAGUAUAAAUGUCUCACCAGUUGUAUGUUCCUGAAUUGUUUCCAAGUGCAGAUGUUGAAAUGCAUUUUAUAAAUAACAUUUUAGAAUAUUUUUAAUAAAAGCAAUUUCUGUCCCUUG